UGGAUGAUGUCUACCUCACCUCACGAGAUCACGGCUGGGCACGAUCCACUCCUUCGGUCAGCUUAUUAGCCUCCCACGAUCUUCCCAACGAGACAUCUCGUCCGAAUGGAGUCUCUGCUGGCGGCCGCGCCCUUCCAUGUCGCAGCCUUCUCAUCCGUAUCCUCUCCGUCCACCCACUCGCCGUCUCUCCUCCGCAGCAUCCGUGGAGGCGGCCGCGCCGUCCGAUGCGCCGCGGCCAAGGAGGCCAUCCUGUACGCGCUGGAGCACGAUGAGAUGUUCAACUCGGAAGAGGUGAUCCAGUGGGAGAGCGGCAAGACGAUCAACUCCAUCGCCGCCGCGCAGGGCAUCCGCAUCCGCCGCCGGUGCCGCCCCCGGUACCCCUCGGAGGGCUCCGGCGACGAUAAGGCCGUGCCCCGCAACAUCCUCGAGCAGAUCGUGUGGGACAAGGAGGUGGAGGUGUCGCAGAGGAAGGCCAAGAAGCCUCUGAAGAGUGUCGUGGAGUCCAGCGAGCACGCGCCGCCGGCCAGGGAUUUCAUCGGCGCUCUCACGGCAGCCCACCGUCGCAACGGCGUGCCUGCCCUGAUCGCCGAGGUUAAGAAGGCGUCGCCCAGCAGGGGCGUGCUAAGGGAGAACUUCAACCCGGUUGAGAUCGCGCAGGCAUACGAGAAAAACGGCGCGGCUUGCCUUAGCAUCCUCACGGAUGAGAAGCACUUUCAGGGGAGCUUUGAGAACCUUGAAACGGUCCGCAAUUCGGGUGUGCAGUGCCCUCUUCUGUGCAAAGAGUUCGUCAUCGAUAUCUGGCAAAUCUACUACGCACGAUCAAAGGGCGCCGAUGCGAUUCUCUUGAUUGCUGCUGUGCUACCGGAUCUUGACAUGAAGUACAUGCUUCGCAUUUGCAAAAAUCUUGGAAUGACUGCUCUUAUUGAGGUUCACGAUGAGAAAGAACUCGACCGCGUGCUGAGAAUAGAUGGUGUUGAGCUUAUUGGAAUCAAUAACCGUAGUCUAGAGACAUUCGUAGUUGAUACUUCAAACACAAGGAUGUUGAUGGAGAAGCGUGGUGAUAUCAUAAAGGAGAAGGGAAUAUUGGUUGUUGGUGAAUCUGGCCUGUUCACUCCCGAUGAUGUUGCAUAUGUGCAUAGCGCUGGCGUUUCUGCUGUUUUGGUAGGAGAGUCUCUGAUCAAGGAAGAAGAUCCUGGGCGAGCCAUUGCUGGGCUUUUCGGGAAGGAGCUCUUGAGUUGACUUAAUGCUCUGCAAUUGUGUGUGUUGGCUUUUUCCGUUCUUUGGAGCAGAUUUGUGUUUGUGGCUACUUUUUAUGUAGCAAGCAUAAAUAGGUGUGCAUAUGCACUUCCGAAUGGAGUGCACCAGAUGUAUAUGAAUAAGAGUAAUAUGCGCUCCAAAAUAAUGUAAUCCGUUCUCUUAUUUAUAUAGAUGUGUGACCCAUCUUAAAACUGAA